CGACCGGUCAUCCAAACAUCAGUCGUAUAUGGGUCUGUGAGCCGAAAUUAUAGCAACCGCCUUUCGAAUCACAGUGACUAAUUUCGAGCAAUACGAUUUAUUUAUAUUCAACCACCAUCAAGACAUACAACAUGCACGUGAAAAUUGCAGUCAUCCUGUUCGCAGUGACGACGCUUUUCCAGCAAUCUCACUGUAUACCAACGCACCGUUAUGUUAGAGCAACAAGCAGAGAAGGACAGGAUUGGACAUCUAGAAUCAAAGAAUACUUAAACAAGAUUCCAGGCUAUGGAUCACAGUCACCAUCGUCCUCAACAAGUCAACCAGACUCGUCAUCGUAUCAGCAAGGUGCCAAUGCAGGAUCUGAAUCGACGUCGGCAGGUGCUGCAGCUGGUUCUGCCGGAGCCGCAUCUGAACCACAAGCUUCAAUAGCCGCUAAAGAAGGAAGCACGUCUUCAUCUGGGAUCCCAUCUUACACAGAUUACAUGCCGAGUCAAUUAAGUCACUACCAGAACAGCUUCCCCAACCCGAGCCAAUUUAGCCAAUAUCAGAAUCAAUUCCCCAACCCAAGUCAAUUCACCUCAUACUUUCCGGGUAGUUCCGGUGCUACAGCUGGUUCUGCCGGAGCCGCAUCUGAACCACAAGCUUCAAUAGCCGCUAAAGAAGGAAGCACGUCAUCAUCUGGAAUCCCAUCCUACACAGACUACAUGCCGAGUCAAUUAAGUCACUACCAGAACAGCUUUCCCAACCCGAGUCAAUUUAGCCAAUAUCAGAAUCAAUUCCCCAACCCAAGUCAAUUCACUUCAUACUUCCCGGGUAGUUCCGGUGCUACAGCUGGUUCUACCGGAGCCGCAUCUGAACCACAAGCUUCAAUAGCCGCUAAAGAAGGAAGCACAUCUUCAUCCGGAUUUCCAUCCUACACAGAUUACAUGCCGAGUCAAUUAAGUCACUACCAGAACAGCUUCCCCAACCCGAGCCAAUUUAGCCAAUAUCAGAAUCAAUUCCCCAACCCAAGUCAAUUCACCUCAUACUUUCCGGGUAGUUCCGGUGCUACAGCUGGUUCUGCCGGAGCCGCAUCUGAACCACAAGCUUCAAUAGCCGCUAAAGAAGGAAGCACGUCAUCAUCUGGAAUCCCAUCCUACACAGACUACAUGCCGAGUCAAUUAAGUCACUACCAGAACAGCUUUCCCAACCCGAGUCAAUUUAGCCAAUAUCAGAAUCAAUUCCCCAACCCAAGUCAAUUCACUUCAUACUUUCCGGGUAGUUCCGGUGCUACAGCUGGUUCUACCGGAGCCGCAUCUGAACCACAAGCUUCAAUAGCCGCUAAAGAAGGAAGCACAUCUUCAUCCGGAUUUCCAUCCUACACAGAUUACAUGCCGAGUCAAUUAAGUCACUACCAGAACAGCUUUCCCAACCCGAGUCAGUUUAGUCAAUACCAGAACCAAAUUCCUCAAUCGAUGAAUCCUGGUCAAUAUUUGAGUUCAAAGCCUACUGGUGCAUAGAGAAAGUGAUGGUGUAGGUUAAAGAAAAUCAGCUGGCUUCAACUUAUAGGUUUAAGGACAUGUUUAUUUUACCAUAACAUAUGUACCGAGACGUAUAUAAAUAGAAUGUAUGUAAUUUUAUCUUAUUUUGUUUAAACAAUUUAAAAAUUUCUCAGUUCAUAUUUUUUUUUUUUACUGUAUUUCGUUAAAAAUUUUUUUGUCAUAUUGUAAAUUCUGGAAAUAAAUCAAAUUUUAUAGUUAAAAAGUUGAUAUAAUAUUAUAUUAAUAAUUACUAUAAAUGUGUUUUACUCAAAAUAUAUGUAAUAUUUAUGUAUUGGCUAUUGCUGUUCCAAAUAGGUUAUAAGAUGGUUAUUUUAAGACAUUGUAAAAUGUAUAUUUUACACGUUUACUCGUAAAUACAAAGUAUAUAAUUACAAUUA